AUGCUCCGGACGAUACUGGAAGGCUUCGGUUCCCUGAUGAUCCAGAUUUUCACCCAAGUAUCAAUGGAAGGAAUGGUUUCGAGUUCCACGAUCUUUAUGAUGUUACGGUGGACCACUUGCUUGGGCAAAGAAAGUUUGGCAAUAUACUAUGCCGUGAAAACGAUGACCCUCCCUUCCCGUGACACUGCGGAUGGCCCAAUUCUUUCCUAUGAUGAUGUCGAGGAUCGAUGCCAAGAAAUCAAGACUUUGAUUCUACUACAACAGGAACCUCGCUCUCCCAAAGUGCUGUUUCUACUGGAGUAUUUCUACAGUCGAAACGCUACCAAAACACUUGUCCUCGUGACAGAAUUGCUUCAGACGGGUCUCAAGGACGUUCUGGAGUUUCUUCAAAUCUCGGAGUACGAAACAAGAGCAGUUGCCAAGAGCAUUCUUGAGACUAUCAAAUUCAUUCACGGCAAAGGUGUUGUGCACAGAGACAUCAAGGAAGCCAACUUUAUGUUUCGCGAGAAUGGAAACCCACAGACUUUGACCCUGAUUGACUUUCGAUUGGCCAGGGUCCUUGAAGCAGGUGAGACAGACAAGUCGUUUUGCGGGAGUACGGGGUAUAUUUCUCCUGAGAUGUACUUCCAGAAACCGCAUAGCUUUGGGGUGGAUCUCUUCAGUUUCGGGGUAAUGCUUUUCAAAAUGUUGUCUGGUGGGAAGAGUCCUUGGCCCCUCAUGCCCCUGGAUGACUUGCGGCGAAGGACAAAAGACUUGGAGUACAAUUUUGAUGAUUGGGACAGAGUGGUUGCUCCGAGUGCCAAAGCACUGAUUCAGCAUCUUUUAGCGCCCGCGGAGCAACGGCUGGACGCAGAAAGAGCCCUGGACCAAGAGUGGUUCAGGGUUGGUUUGAGGAGGACUAGUAUUGAGGAUUCGUACCUAGCCUUCUCCUCCUGGCAAGACUAG